UAAACCUGAGGAAUAUAAUCAUAUUCGGCCGAAAUAAAAAAUUUGACAACGGAAAAUCAAAAAAAAUAAAUAAAAUUUUUAAAUUUCAGGCCAUAGGUAGAUCUAAGACAUUGCAGAUUAUUUUGCUAUUAGAAUAGAAACUUACGAAUGCUUCGAAAUCUAGGAUCUACACAUUGUUGUGAUUCGUCAAUGGAUUCUGGGUGUGACACUUCAGUGUACCGCAUGAAAUAAACAGCAUAAUCCCAAGUUGAUUUUCAUUAGGCUACCCAUCAUGGCAGCCAAUGACAUUGAUGCUAUAGCAUCAAGUUCAGAUAUUGUUUUCAGUGACUCUCAAAGUAGCACUUCAAGUUUGCAGCCUGCUCAGGGAUCUGACUCUUUAUAUACCGAGACUGCUCAAGGUUCACUAGAUGCUCAAUACCAAGCCGCGGAUUCAAAUAGUCCAAAACAGGCAUUUGUUCCAUGCAAGGUUUGCGGAGAUAAGGCAAGCGGCUAUCACUAUGGAGUGACUUCCUGUGAAGGAUGUAAGGGAUUUUUCCGACGAAGCAUCCAGAAGCAGAUUGAGUAUCGGUGCCUACGAGAUGGAAAAUGUUUGGUGAUACGAUUGAAUCGCAAUAGGUGUCAGUAUUGUCGAUUCAAAAAAUGUUUAGCCGUUGGAAUGUCACGUGACUCAGUUAGAUAUGGUAGGGUACCUAAAAGAUCACAGAGUAUAGAUGACAGUGUGACAACCUCAGAGGCUACAGUAGCACCAGCCAUGACGGAAAGUAGACAGCUGGCCAUAUAUGAUACCAUUCUGACCAUCUCUCAAGCCCACCAUGCAAAUUGUGAAAUUACAGAGGAAAAAAUCAAAGUUCUACAAUUGAAACCAGUCACAUUGGUUGUAAAACGUGACAUAGUUGAUACAGUGACAAGUGGUCUAGAUAUGCUGGAGUGGCGACGCAUAUCCAUGUGGCAGGGGCUCGCUCAUUUGGUCACUCCCACAGUACAGCAGGUUGUAGAGUUCGCUAAGCGAAUCCCAGAUUUUGCUAGUUUGUCCCAAGAAGAUCAGUUGAUAUUGAUCAAAUCAAGUUUCUUUGAAAUCUGGCUGGCCCGCUUGGCAAGACUUGUGAACCCUGAAAAAAAUACCGUCACAUUUGGUGAUGGAUGUGUGCUCCCAAAAGAACAACUACAAAUUGUUUAUACACCAGAACUAGUGGAGGUGAUGUUUGAUUUUGCCCAGCAGUUUUCUCAGCUCCAACUGAAUGAUACAGAGAUAGGCCUGGUGACUGCCACUAUAUUAACCACCCCAGAGAGAAUUGGUAUUAGAGAUACAAAAGCAGUGGAACAUAUCCAAGAUAAAGUACAAGAGGCAUUGAAGCUACAAGUCUCUCGCAACCACCUCAUUGAACCCAACUUCUUUGAGACUGUUAUGUCGAAGUUGUUGGAACUUAGGGCUCUAGGGAACAAACACUCUGAGCAAUUGAACUGGUAUCGCCAUAGAUGGGAUAAGUUGAAACUUCCGCCAUUGUUGUCGGAAAUUUAUGAUAUUCCGAAAGUAGAUGAUGAGGAAGAUUCAUGAAAUGGAUCUGUUACGUUUAUAUGUAUGUGAAUUAUUGUAAAAAAAGCUCUUCCCAUGGUGCGACCCAUUAGGAUUUUAAUCUACUCAAACUAGCACUGUUUUCCAACAUGAAAUAAUUCCUCACUCAUGAGUGGUCACAUCAGGGUCUCUGGAUAGAAGUAUAUCCUUCAGAUUUAUCAUGGAGAGAUCACUAAUGUUGUGCUAUACACUGAGCUGGUUGCUAUGGAAUUAUUAUUAUAAAAGUCCUUUAUGGAAAACACUGUGCUGGAUGAAAUUAUAAGAUUGUCUGAGUUCGUUGUUGCACCCAAGGUGUAAAACUGAAGUGUCAUAUAUAUGUGAUGCCAUAACUGGGUAUUAUCAUAUUUUAUAUAUAUGCUCAUAUGUUGUGCAACAUAAUGGGAUAUCCCGGUCUUUUAAUAGAUGUACAUGUAUAGUACUUUGAUCUUUUAUUAUGAUUCAGUCAAGAUCAUAUACACACUGUUUUGACUCCUUGCUGCAUUGGCUUUGGAUGAAUUAACAAUUGAGUAGUUGGAACAUUUAUUUUGUUUUUUUGGUUAUUGUAAAAUCCAUUGUGUUGCCAUAUGUUGCAAUGGAAACCAAACAUGUAGCAGAAAUCAGCAUGGUGACGUGAAAACCAAUGUUAUCAUAUCAAAACCAAACAUCUGGAUUAGAAUCUAGAAAUACUUGCAUAGCCUGUUGCUAUGGUAACAAAUCAGGUAUUUCAUUAAAUAAUUAAUUUGCUGAAGAGAAUCUACCAAAGCUGUAUCAUUGAUUAUAUAGGUGCUCUAUUUUGGGUUUGUAUAAAAUGAUUAAAAUCUCAUUGCUAAUAAUUGCUGAAAGGAACUACCUUUCAUAUUGAAAUUAAUUUGUUAAGCUUUGCAAAUACUAAGUAGAGUGUAUUGAUAUACUGUAUUUCUUUGUGUAUUUUGGGAUAUUGGUCAAUAUAUUUAUGGAAUGACGUGACAUCAUAAUUUUAUCCAGGAGAUUACAAAGUACCAGGGAUCAAGGAUUAUUUUGUCAUGUCCAUCUUGGUAUAUGGUCAAAAGCUAUAAAGAAAUUGAUUAUUGAGGAGUGUUUUUGAUUGAGUGCUUAAUGCAUUAAAAAACUUUGCUUCACAUAGCAAUGAUUGUUUUAUGGCCACAGUGACAUUAUGUAUGAGAUUUAACCAUCAAACAAUAUACAAUGUAGGUGUAAUUGCGUCAGGAUUUCUGAAGUAGCAAAUGAAGAUUUAUUUUAGUUUGUUCCUGAAAAUAUUUAGAUAUCUAUGUUCUGGAAUACCAAUAGAACCUCAUAGCAUUAAAAAAGUUUAGGAUUAUUUUUCAUAUAUUUUACUGUAUAACAUGGUGCUCUUAUAGUUUUGAGUAUUAUAGUUUAGGGCUAAGAGAAUCAUAUAUGAUAGGUUGUGUGUUUUGUCAAUAUAUCGCAAUGAUCGCUGCCAAAAUAAUUCUGAUGACGUAACAGUUUGUACAAAGAUUCAUCAUUGUUUAAACAAAAUCAACUAAAUUUCACUAUUUCAGAUUCAUUUUUCCAGCAAUUUUAUUGCAAUUUUUUCAGUUUCUUUUCCAACGUUUUCAGACAUGUUUUCACUUUAAAAGUGAUGGUAUGUGCAAUUUGAACCAUAAAAUAUGAUUGUAUAUAUUGCCAAUGUAUUAGUGGUGUCUAAUUAUUGUGACACUUAGAUUACGAGGUCCAUUUAUUAGGACUCAGGGGUCCGUUUCUGGAACUAUCGUAAAUUAAGAUUUCAUUGCAAGUCAUUGUAAUUCAAAAUGUACACAAUGGUUUUCUCUCGUGAUCGUAAGUCAUGGUUGUACCAAAAACGAACCCCAGAUUCACAAAAAAAAUUUGGGUAACUCAUUAGCCAUAUUACUUCUUCCUUUAUACAACCAAAUUGUAACAGCCAAAAUGAAUAUUUCAUAUUGUACAUCAUUUAAGAAGUCAUGUGUUGUCAUGUUUUUAUCAGUACCUCACUUAAGUUUAUGAAUCAUUAUACUCUACUGCAUUAAUUGAAUUGUUAUGUAGUAAAGUUCUUCUGUAUAUAUCAGAAUUUGCCUCCCAAAAGAUACCUCCAUGCUUAUUAAGGGUUCACCCAUAAUACCUCUUGUAUAUUACAAUCAACCUGGCCUAAUUAUGUUUAUAAUGGACAGUCUAUCAUACAUUCCCUCAAAAGUUCCCAAAGUGCAAUAGACUUCUUUGCAUGAAUGGGAGAUUUUCAGGGGCUGUUAGGUAGACUGAAAUACUUAUUAUAUACUGUAUAUAUUAAGUAUUUACUGAGAGAUGACAGCAAUAUUGUCCAUGAAUGGCAUGAAUAUGGCAUUUAAUAUUGGCAGUCUAUAUGCUUAAAACAUUUUAUUUUUAACUGGCUUAUUUUGGCAGAAAUAUCAAGGCAAGGGAGACAAUGAAAAUGUCUAUAAAUGAAAAACAGAUGGCUUUAUUUUUGUUAUGCUUUUUUGUUUUUAUUAAAAGUUGUUGAAUAUGUUCUUUUAUGAAUCCUCUUUAACUCAUAGAUAAAAAGAGGUGUUUUAUAUAUAAAAUACAUUACUGUGAAGUGUGAACUAUACAAUGCUGUACUUUGAUAUAUGGUACUGCACUGUACUAUACAGUGCUGUACUUUGAUACUUGGUACUGUACUGUA